CGCGCGCGGCUCCUCGGACCGGAAGUGGAGGCGAACUGUCGCGGGGCGCGCGCGGCCUUGCUCAACGCCUGGCGGUUGCCGCCGCCGUCGCCGCCGCCCUCGGCCGCUGCCGAGGCUUCCCGCAGCCGCCAUGUCUGCCAGCGCCGUCUACGUGUUGGACCUGAAGGGCAAGGUGCUCAUCUGCCGGAACUACCGCGGCGACGUGGACAUGUCGGAGGUGGAGCACUUCAUGCCCAUCCUGAUGGAGAAGGAGGAGGAAGGCAUGCUGUCGCCCAUCCUGGCCCAUGGGGGCGUCCGCUUCAUGUGGAUCAAACACAACAACCUGUACCUGGUCGCCACCUCCAAGAAGAACGCGUGCGUGUCGCUGGUGUUCUCCUUCCUCUACAAGGUGGUGCAGGUCUUCUCCGAGUACUUCAAGGAGCUGGAGGAGGAGAGCAUCCGUGACAACUUCGUCAUCAUCUACGAGCUGCUGGACGAACUCAUGGACUUCGGCUACCCGCAGACCACGGACAGCAAGAUCCUGCAGGAGUACAUCACUCAGGAAGGCCACAAGCUGGAAACUGGGGCUCCUCGGCCCCCAGCCACUGUCACCAACGCGGUGUCCUGGCGCUCCGAGGGCAUCAAGUACCGGAAGAACGAGGUCUUCCUGGAUGUCAUUGAGUCUGUCAACCUGCUGGUCAGUGCCAACGGCAAUGUCCUGCGCAGCGAGAUCGUGGGCUCCAUCAAGAUGCGGGUGUUCCUCUCGGGCAUGCCCGAGCUGCGCCUGGGCCUCAACGACAAGGUCCUCUUUGACAACACAGGCCGUGGCAAAAGCAAGUCAGUGGAGCUGGAGGAUGUGAAGUUCCACCAGUGCGUGCGGCUCUCACGCUUUGAGAAUGACCGGACCAUCUCCUUCAUCCCACCCGACGGCGAGUUCGAGCUCAUGUCCUACCGCCUCAACACCCACGUCAAGCCCUUGAUAUGGAUCGAGUCCGUGAUUGAGAAGCAUUCCCACAGCCGCAUCGAGUACAUGAUCAAGGCCAAGAGCCAGUUCAAGAGGCGAUCGACGGCCAACAACGUGGAGAUCCACAUCCCUGUGCCCAAUGAUGCCGACUCGCCCAAGUUCAAGACCACGGUGGGGAGCGUCAAGUGGGUCCCUGAGAACAGUGAGAUCGUGUGGUCCAUCAAGUCCUUCCCGGGCGGCAAGGAGUACCUGAUGCGGGCCCACUUCGGCCUGCCCAGCGUGGAGGCAGAGGACAAGGAAGGCAAGCCCCCGAUCAGCGUCAAGUUUGAGAUCCCCUACUUCACUACCUCUGGCAUCCAGGUGCGCUACCUGAAGAUCAUCGAGAAGAGUGGCUACCAGGCCCUGCCAUGGGUCCGUUACAUCACUCAGAACGGAGAUUACCAGCUCCGGACCCAGUGAGCGGCCGCGGCAGCCACGCCCUCGCUGGCGCUGGGCUCCUGGCGGCAGCACCAGGAGGAAGCACCUGCCAAGCCUGCCACAAGGAGGGGGCGCCCUGGACACCAGCCACCCUCCCAGCCACGCCUGGGACCCUUCCUUCUCCAGGCACACCUGCUCUACUGUCGCCACUCUCGUCUCUGAUGUCCUUUCUCCCACAAGAGGCUUGUCUGUGAGAAGUCUUGUCUCUUUGUCCCCUGAGUCAGUUUGGGGGAAAGGAAGUAAAAUCUUCCCCUCCAGAGAUCAAACACAGCCUUCUGUGCUGUCUAGCUCCCAGACACCAAAAAGAUCAGAAACGCUCGCCAGACCGCUGGCUGCACGCGGCUCCUGCCCGGCUCGCAGGGCCACCGUUUUGUUCCCGUCCUGUUGGACGUUGUAGGUUUCUGGCUGUUCCUAGAUGUCUUGUUCAUUUGUUGAUGUUUACGUGUACCUCUCUGUCCGUGCCCCUCGGCCCCUCGCCUGAAGUCCUCGGGCAGCACUUAGCGAUGACAGGGCCUCCCACCUCCUCACUGGCCUCCCAGCGAGAACCAACACUGAGUCGCCCUCCCACCUCGGGCCGGAACCUGGCACUUUCGUCGGCAGCUGCAGCUUCUGGCUGCUUUUUUGGAGGUUCUUGGCCUGGACCCAUGGGCUUCGAGGGAGGUGCCUUCCCAGGGGCCAGCCCGUGCCAUGCCAUACUGUCACUCAGCCACAUCAGUGUUUGUCCCACCAAGGGAGGUGGGGUCCAGCGAGGGCCGCUGGCCUUGGAGGGUGGGGGCAUGGGUCACCCACAUCUGUGCUUGGUCACCCGCCUCCUUGUCUGUGUUCGUGUCGUGGUCACAUUAAAUUCCAUCAGUUAAACAUGA